CCAGAAAACAAAAAUGUCGCAACGCCAAUCCUUCCUCGUCGCCGUCACGCUCUGCCUCUUCCUGGCCGCGUCCUUCGCCCCAUGCACGCUAGCAAGCGGCGGCGGCAAGCCUCUCGUCACGCCCAUCACCAAGGACGCGUCCACCUCGCUCUACACCGCGCCCCUCGAGGGCGGCCGCCCGCUCGUCCUCGACCUCUCCGGCCAGCUCGUCUGGUCGACGUGCGACGCCUCGCACCCGGCGCUCGAGCCCUACGAGCGCGAGUGCGCGGAGGCCAACCGCUACAUGCGCCCGCGCUGCUGGGCGUACGCCGGCUCCGACGGCGACGGCGACGGCGCCAUCAGCUACGGCCGCGGCAAGUGCGCGGCGCACCCGUACAACCCCGUCGCCGGCAGGUGCGCGUCCGGGGACCUGACCCCGCCAUGGCGGCCGGAGAUCACGGCGGCCAUGGAGUUCACUCCGCUCCGCAGGUACCAGGAACAGCCCGGGUACUACAUCUGGAUCAAGGGCAUCAACGUCAACCAAAACCCGGUGCCGCUGGGUUACUACGGCGGCGGCACGCCGCUCGUGGUCGGCUUCUCCACCACCAUCCCGUACACGGCGCUCCGGGACGACGUGUACCGGCCGUUCGUGCAGGCGUUCGACAACGCCUCGACGUCCGGGUUCGGCAUCCCGCGCGUCGCCCCGGUGGCGCCGUUCGAGAUGUGCUACAACAGGAGCGCGCUCCGGUCGACCCGGGUCGGCUACGCGGUGCCGCAGAUCGACCUGAUCAUGGAGGAUGGCACCAGGUACGCGGUGUUCGGCGCCAACUCGCUGGUGCAGGUGGACGACGCCACGGUGUGCCUCGCGUUCUUGGAGAUAAAGCCGGAGGAGCUCGGGUACGAGCACUACGGCCAGCAGGCGCCGGCCACGGUGAUGGGCGGGUACCAGAUGGAGAACAACCUGCUGGUGUUCGACGAGGGCUUCAGCACCCUGCUGCUGUUCAGGCAGACCACGUGCAGCAACUUCAACUUCACCAUGGCUGUCUAGUGCCUAGCUAGGGGUUCCUUUGCUCCAGCUACCUAUAACUUAUAUUAAUCCGUUGCUGUACCUCUGAACUCUCAAGUGCUGCAGUGCUUGAGUGCAUCAGAUAGAUGAUCUUGCCUUGGG